AUGUUGGACAACAUGUCUUCGUCGUUGGUAUUGUCGUUGAUGUCAAAGCCAAUAAAGUCGUCAAAGUUGUCAAACUUUUGUGGGGCGGUCUCUGCUUUCUUUCUGGCCUUUUCUUCUGCUUUCUUGGCCUCCUCUGCCUUCUUCUUGGCCUCCUCUGCCUUCUUUGCUGCUUCUUCUGCCUUCUUGGCCUCCUCUGCCUUCUUCUUGGCCUCCUCUGCCUUCUUCUUGGCCUCCUCUGCCUUCUUCUUGGCCUCUUCUUCCUUCUUCUUGGCCUCUUCUUCACGUUUCUUUCUUGCCGCUUCUUCUUUGACUUUCAAUUCGUCAUGUUUCUUUUUCUUUUCAACCAUAACGCCGAGACACCACUCUGCAUCAUUGAGUUUCGACACUGUUUGGUCUAGAAUAGCAUGGAAGUUUUGGAUUUCGCCGUUGAGCAGUUGGGUUAUGGAUUUUUGGAUUAGUUCGUUGUUGGGGCUAGUUAUCACAUUGCUUUGUUUUCUGUUUUGGUCGAUUACCUCAAAUAUGUAUCCUGAUGAUUUCAAUAUCUCGUCGAGUGAGUUAUGUAAUCUUGUUUGGAGGUUUUCUGGCAUGGUGGGGGGGGGGAAAUAA